AUACUGUUUUUGGAUAGAACAACAACGACUUCGGUUCUCGACGGACUAGUGUCUAGUUUAAGUAUAGACCAGGACAAUCGGCCGAUAUUAUCUUGGUCUCCAUUCGAUAAGCUGUUUUGUUGCCAAUUCAAUACAAACGCCGAGCAUUCGUUCAAGCAGACGCAUAUGUCCAGCAAUAGUUGGAAUCAAACCUGGGAGCGUUAUGAAUAUCAUACGGUUGUCAUGGAUCUCUAUGGUCCCUUUACUGGUGGUGUUCACAUCAACCAGAGCGGCUAACAUACUGGUUUUUGCGCCGAUGCCAACGAAAAGCCAUUUUGGAGGCUUCCAACCGUUGUUCGAAGAACUUGCCGUCCGAGGACAUAACGUAACGGUGGUCAGUGCGUUCCCAUCGAAAAAGACCAUUGCAAAUUACACAGACAUAGUGUACCACAUCAGUGGCAAACAUCUGAGAGAGUUGGACCCUAUGGAAUUGGCCAAAAUGAACUUCCUAACAGCAGUGCCGACGAUGUGGUAUUUGGGAACUACAAUCGCCCGGGAAACGCUGCCAAAUGCCGUUGUACAAGACUUCAUACUGUCCGACGACCGGCACUUCAAUUUAGUUCUGGUAUUUGCAUUUUGCCAGGAAUACAGCGUGGCUUUGGGCCACAAGUACAACGCCCCGGUUAUCAACUUGGGUGUUUCUAUGUUGUGGCCGUCCAACAGCAAGUGGAUCGGCGAACCGUCGACGUUUUCCUACAUAAUGGAUCCCAGGAGUGGCGCCACAGAACAGGCAUCGUUUUUUGAAAGGUUCAAGAACACCGUGCUGGGUGUGUUUCAACUGUACCUGGGCCGUUAUUUCUACUUGCCACGGCAAACGAAAAUAAUGAACGAAAAUUUCAAGUACAAGGGAUGGGAAAACCGACCGCCCUUGGAGAGCAUGCUGAAAAACGUUUCGUUGACUCUACUCAACACACACCACAGCAUUGGUACUACGAGACCGUACAUGCCAUCAACGGUCGAAAUAGGAGGUUUGCACGUGAAAAAACCAAACAAAUUAACCGGCGAAUUUUUAGAAUUUGUCGAGUCUUCCCAACAUGGAGUAAUAUACUUCAGCUUCGGUACAAUAGUGGAUCCCUCGAAACUCCCGGAAGAGAAGAUACGAGUGUUUAUAGAGGUAAUAAAAAAAUUGAAACAAAAGGUCAUGUGGAAAUGGAAUUCCGAACACCUUCCAAAGUUACCAGACCACGUAAUGGUUAGCGAUUGGUUCCCACAAUCAGAUAUUUUGGGGCAUCCAAACGUUAAAAUAUUUAUCACUCACGGUGGACUGCAUAGCCUCGAAGAAGCUACGUAUAAUUCAAAACCAAUUAUCGGUAUACCAUUUUUCGGCGAUCAACACAUGAACAUGUUGUUAGUAGAAAAAAACGGUGCAGGUAAAAUGGUCGAUUUCCAUACUAUGGACGAAGAGUCUCUUUUGAACACAAUUAAUGAAGUACUUGAAAAUCCGAUGUACCAAGAAAAUUCUAAUUUCCGAAACCAAGUAUAUAAAGAUCAGCCAAUGACUCCAAUGGACCUAGCGGUUUACUGGAUUGAAUACGUUAUAAGACAUCAAGGAGCUCCACAUUUGAGAAGUGAAAGUGUAGACUUGAACACAGCUCAGUAUUUCCUACUAGAUAUAUUAUUGGUUUUCGUUACUUUUACAUCCGUAUUAGCGUAUUUAAUUGUUAAAUUAUUUAAAUGUAUAUUUAAAACAAACGUAAACAAAAAAGUAUAAUAUAUUAAUAAUUUUUAUUAUUUAUUGUUAAUUGUUAA